AUGACACCUGUAUUCUGUAUGGCUGUUUGCUGGAUUGUGAUGUUAGGAUUUAGUUUAUUUGCAGAACCUAAACCUUGCAAAGAUGAUUGGGCGCUAAUUUUUCAUGCACCAAGUGGAAAUGGCGAAGAUGUCUUAAAUACAUGGAAAACCAGACACAACAACUGUGAUAUCGUAUCUGGAAUCUGUCCAUGUUCGAUGAGUGAUGGCUGUCUGCCGCCUAAAGCCAGAAUUGAAACUUACAAAUCACCUUCAAAAACUUUAAGAAGUCCCUUUAUAGAUUACUGGGAUUGCUUGAAUAUCAACAAAGUCAAAUUUGAACUAAACGUUCAGGGGGACACAGUAGCUUUCCUUGAAUUUGAUGGAAGAGAUUCAAACUAUUUAAACUGGUUUAACAACAGCAGAAUCUUAAAUUCAAGUUGGACCGAUUUGGAUAAAAGUGAAACUUACAAUGUUUUUUCCAUCGACACAGAGUCAAUGUUUGGGAGAAACUUCUUCAUCAACAAAAAUAAUGGAGUCUGUCAUGUACGUAGUGGAUGGUUAGUUGUAAAGGAAAAAACUAAUCUCUGUGAAUGGGAUAAACACACAACGUAUCCCCAAUUCUUGUACAGCCAACAUGGAAAAGUCACCAGGUGGAUCGCUAAGGAAUACGGAAAAGCAGAUGUUCUCAAUGUAUACAUCCAAAAUUGA